UUCCUAGUCGCCCCACGCCGUCGACAUGCUUAAACCUGAAAUUCUCCACAAUCUCACCAGCCCACAAUCACCCUUUCCCUCUCGCAAUUGGGAACAGCGAUCAGCACUGACGACCCCGGGAGCGACUACAGGUUCUGGAAGAGCCCGGGUGGUUGCGGUGACAGCGUGUUUACACUCCUCGCGAUUGUUUCGCUUGGUUCAAGGCUGUUUAGGACUAUUGACUGAUAUCGGAAAACCCCGGUUCCAACUGUUUCGAUGGCAUCUCCGGCAUCUUCGUCACUCGCCUCGCAAUCAACACCUCCACAAGGGGCUCUUAAUUCUGCCGGUGCUGGAAUCACAGGAGGCUAUACAGGCAAUUCGCUCUGCCUACAAAUCAUCAUCGCAUUCUUCAUCGGCCUAUCCCUGUAUAACGCCAUCGAACUUAUCACUCUAACUCUUGUGACUUUUCAAAAGUACAAGGGUCUAUACUUUUGGAGCUUAAUCAUCUCAGCUUUCGGCAUACUGCCUUACUCCCUCGGCUUCUUGAUCAAAUUCUUUCAACUCUUAGACCCAUCUCAGAAUGUAGGGUACGUGGCAGUUGUGUUUCUCAGCGUGGGCUGGUGGCUCAUGGUCACAGGUCAAUCAAUUGUGCUCUGGUCCCGCCUCCACCUCGUCAGUAACUCACGUCGCGUGCUGAGAUGGACUCUCUACAUGAUUAUUGUUGACGCAAUCAUCUUCCACACUACUACCAGCGUUCUCACCUUUGGCUCCAACUCCAACGGUUUGCCUCAUGGAACUCUACAAAAUUUCGUAAAUGGAUACAGUAUUGUGGAGAAAAUACAAAUGGUUGCCUUCUUCCUCCAGGAACUAAUUAUCUCAGUUAUAUAUAUUAAAGAUACGUUACGCCUGCUCAAACUUUCAGAAUCCGUAAAAGGCGACUUCAGUAGUGUUGAAGGAAGUCUCGGACACAACAAUAGGAAAACAAUGUACCAGCUCAUUGCUAUUAACGCGAUCAUCAUUGUGAUGGAUUGUGCUCUUUUAGGUAUUGAGUUCGCGAAUCUGUACAUCAUCGAAACUACGCUUAAAGGCACGGUCUACUCAAUCAAACUCAAGCUAGAAUUCGCGGUUCUCGGAAGACUAGUAAAUCUUGUCCGGACACAAUCAGGCUCCGGGGAGCAUGCAAGAAGAGGAACAUUUACCAGACAUAUAUUGGAAAAAAGCGAGUCUGGGGGCAGUCGUGGUGUGAAUGGUGGCGCGAUUGAUUGGCCGGAUUUCGUAGAUCCAAGGCACGUAAGUGGGGACGUUACACAUGCAGAACCGGCUAUAGAAAGAGCAGGUAGACAUGAUGGAGAGAGAGGAUUAACAAAUGCUGAGAGGGAAAGGUGGAAGCGGAGGAGUAAAACACAGAAGGGAAGUUGGAUUGAGGAAGAGAUGGAUAAGCAUAAUAUUGGGUGAAGAGCUUUGAACUUGCGACUCGCUCUAUGG